AAGCGCGGGCGCGGACGCGGUCGGCCGUCGGGCGCGGCCAUGGAGCUGUGGCCCUUGGUGAGCGCGGCCCUGCUGCUGCUCGUGCUGGCCGUGCCACUGUCCCGCACGGCGCGCUGCUACGCCAAGCUCUGCCUCUACUGCGUGCUGUGCCUGGGCAUCUCGGUUGUGGCCUCGGGGGUCUGCAUCCUGCGCCACGGCGGCCGCACCGUGGAGAACAUGAGCAUCAUCAGCUGGUUUGUUCGGUCCUUCAAGUACUUAUAUGGCCUGCGCUUCAAGGUCCAGGGCCGGCAGAAGCUGGAGGUGGACGGUCCCUGUGUCAUCAUCUCCAACCACCAGAGCAUUCUGGACAUGAUGGGCCUCAUGGAAAUCCUCCCCAAGCGCUGCGUGCAGGUCGCCAAGCGGGAGCUGCUGUUCCUGGGCCCCGUGGGCCUCGUCAUGUACCUGGGCGGCGUCUUCUUCAUCAACCGCCAGCGCUCCAGCACUGCGGUGUCCGUGAUGGCCAACCUGGGCGAGCGCAUGAUUGAGGAGAACCUCAAAGUGUGGAUCUACCCUGAGGGCACACGGAACGACAGCGGGGACCUGUUGCCCUUUAAGAAGGGUGCCUUCUACUUGGCCAUCCAGGCCCAGGUACCCAUCAUCCCUGUGGUGUACUCCUCUUUCUCCUCCUUCUACAACCUCCAAACUAAGCUCUUCACCUCAGGAACAAUCAAGGUGCAAGUUCUGGAUGCUGUCCCCACCCUCGGUCUUACUGUGGCUGACGUCCCCAAGCUCGUGGAGUCCUGCUACCAAGCCAUGAGGGCCACCUUUCGGGAGAUAUCCACACAGCCCCAGGAGAACGGGGUGGCCGAGGGGCCCCGGGUACAGCCAGCCCAGUAGCCAGCUACAGUGGGGAUGAGGGGGUGGCAUGAAGCUAAAGUGGACCCCCACUUUAGCUGGAGGGGACUCCCAGACUGCUGAAUACCACUGUAUCGGCUCCUGGCUCCAGGCUCUCAUUCUGGCCUCAAAGCUGGAAGCCCCAGAUUGAGGUCCCCAACGUCUCCUCUGGAGUCUGCUGGAGGUAGAGACCCCACCCGCACACCUGUGCCUCCAGGAUCGAGGGGACGAGCCAGCAGGCCCUGGGGCAGCCCAGGAGCGACUGCAGUGGCCGCCCCAGGCUCUCUGGGCCUCUGGGUCCAGGCCACAGCCUGUAUCAGGUUUGUAGGGAGCUGGGUAUGCGAAGCCGGGACUCCUGGUCUGCCGCACACCAGCCUCAAGGACAGUCAGCCGCACCCUUGCUGCACAUGGUUCAUUUUUAUAAACGAACUCUUGGAA